AUGCAUCCACCGUCAAGUUCAAGGCGACGCCACCGCGGAGGUGGCGGCCUGGGCCUGGCGGCUAUCGCGUAUGUGAGCAUAGACUACCUCCGCCACCUCUCACCGGCGUGGCACGAGCAAUUGCAGCCCGCUCUCUGGACCGCCCUCGCCAUUGCCGCCAUUGUUCGCGUCCCGUUCUACAGGCACUGGUCCUUGGAGCUCCGCUCAGCUCUUCCCUUCAUCUUCUCCAUGCUCUUCAUGCUCUCUGCUCUCCUCUUCGAAGCCAUUUCUGUUCGGUCAGUCACGGCUGUACUUGGUCUCGACUGGCACAAUGCUCAACCGCCUCUUCCUGAUGUUGGCCAGUGGUUGCUGCUGGGAUUGAAUGAGAAACUGCCUCAAACUGUGGUCAAUAUACUGAGAUCUCGUAUUAUCGGGUUGCACCAUUUCCUGAUGUUGUUUAUAAUGCUUGGCUUCUCUGUAUUAUUUAACUCGGUUGAAGCUCCUGGUCUGGGGCUGGGUGCAAGAUACAUGUUCACAAUGGGUAUUGGACGGCUUCUUCGGGCCAUAGCUUUUGUGUCUACAAUUUUUCCGUCACCACGUCCCUGGUGUGCAUCAGCUCGGUUCCAAGUCCCUCCAUACCCUCAUCCUUGGGCUCAGAAAUAUUAUGUUCCAUAUGCUACAGAUUCUAAUGCUAUACGCCAAAUCAUUCGUUACGAUAUUGCAUACGCUGAUCCAGGGGAGUACAAUGUUGACUUCCAACCAGAUUGGGGUUCGAUGAGCUUUCUUGCUAAUUUCCUACGACCUACAGCUUCUGAAGGAUCAUCUCCGUGGUACCAUCUACUAAAAAAAGCGGGGGGCGGGUGCAAUGAUCUCCUAUACAGUGGCCACAUGCUUGUUGCAGUAUUGACGGCUAUGGCAUGGAUGGAAGCUUACGGAGGUUUUAGCUCAGCUCUUAUCUGGAUACUUGUACUGCAUAGUGCCCAACGAGAAAUUAGAGAACGACACCAUUAUAGUGUGGAUUGUCUUGUAGCCAUUUACAUGGGCAUCUUUCUAUGGAAAAUGACGGGUCUAUUCUGGCCGAUCAAAUAUGCAUCCAGAGACAGGAGGCUGAAAAAACUCGACAAAAUUGAAAAACGACUAGUGCAAGCUGCAAAAGACUCUGACAUGGAACAAGUGCGGGAACUUCUGGAAGAGGUGGAGUUGAGCGGUCAAGUGAGCCAGAGUCCCAAAAGCCGGGUUAUGUGGUUGUUUUCUGCUGCUACAAUUUUCUUUACACUUAGUAUUGUUCUUCUUGCCUUCACAUUGACAAGUGACGGCUAA